CGCGUGAUCGCACUUAACCAAAGGGCCAUUCAUGCAGCGAUCACUUUACGCGCUCCAGAUAAGCAGCGUUACCCUGGUCAAGUGAGUGUGAGCGAGCAAGGAAGGAAGGAAGAGAGAGAGGGCAAGAGACGGCAGAGACGGCAAAGAGAGAGGGGCAGAGAAUUUGAUUUUCACCACCACCACCACCAUCGGAGGUCCAACGGAGACGGUAGAGCCCGCGAUGGACCGCGCGAGCCCUACCCCGACGGCGAGCGCGCACGGCGGCCUCAACGCGAGCGCCGUCUGCGACGUUGCCCCCUGCCCCGCGAACCUCACCCUCGAAACGGAAAUGUUCUGCAACGAGAGCACUAUCUGGAACUCCAUCUACGUCUUCGUCCCCACCGCGUACUACGUCAUCCUGGCGCUGGGCGUCGUCGGCAACCUCUCCGUCAUCCUGGUGCUCUGCCUGCAGGCCACCAAGCGCACGGCGGCCGAGAUCUACCUGCUGAACCUCGCCUGCGCCGACCUCCUCUUCGUCUGCACGCUGCCGCUGUGGGCCGUCAACAUCACGCGCCGAUACGACUGGCCGUUCGGCGACGCGCUGUGCCGCGUCGUCGGAGGCCUCGUGUACGUCAACAUGUACGGCAGCGUCUACUUCCUGACGGCCAUCAGCGUCGAGCGCUACUUCGCCGUCGCGAAGCCCAUGUCGCUGGGCCUGCGACGGACGCGGUCGUGCGCGCGCCGCGUCUGCCUGCUCGUGUGGGCCGCCACGGCCGUGUUCAGCGUGCCCGUGUUCGUGUUCCGCGGCACGGUCUUCCUCAAGGAGUACAACAUCACAGCGUGCAUCAACCAGGCGAACACGGGCUGGCUCACGGCCAACUACGCCUUCCUCAACGUCGCCGGCUUCCUCCUGCCCCUCGGAGUCAUGAUGUUCUGCGCGUGGCACAUCGUCCAGGAGCUGCGCAGGUCCUUCCAGAAGACGAGGCAGAACGAGAAGAGGGUGACCGUGCUCAUGUGCGUCAUGGUGCUCGCCUUCUUCAUCUGCUGGAUGCCCGUCCACUUCUUCCUCUUCCUCGACUUCCUCAUUCGACGCAAGGUCAUCGGGGGCUGCGACGCCACGGAGGCCAUCGAGGCCGGCGUCCAGAUCCUCACGGUGGUGGGCUACGCCAACAGCUGCCUCAACCCGCUCAUCUACGUCUUCCUCGGGAAGAUGUACCGGGAGAGGGCCUCGCAGAUCCUGCGCCGCGUGAUCACCUUCUUGCGGAGCUCGUCGAUGCAGAACAUGAGCCAGUCGUCGCGAUCGCAGAGCGUCACCACAGUGUUCCGCGUGUCGCAGACCAACCUCACGUCCGUAAUUCAGUCCAACGUCGCAGCAUUGUGAGCGACGCGCAUUCGUUUCAAAUCGGCUCCGCUAUUUCGACAAAGUUUGGCUGUCCUGCGACUGCUCAAUAAGUUUUGACCGCGGAUGAGAAUUAUCCGGGCCAAGAUGAGUUGUAUUUGCCCGAGUGGCUGGGCUGGCUGUGGGGGAGGUCACCGAAAUGACAAAAGAAAAUCAGGACAGAAAGCUGAGGAAUUGAAAAAAUACUGCCGAACAUAAUUUCCCCCGCAGUGCAAAUCGGCUCUGGCAAAGCAAAGCAGACAGUGCUGGCUGCGUUGAUGAAGACGGGGGGAGGGCGUAGACGUCGGGAGCAUAUAAGUGCAGUGCACCAAUGGAUUUUCGCUGCGCUGCCCUCUGCUGCCUAUAGCACCUGUUACGCGCGGGUGUUGCUAAUCAAAAACACCAGCCGGUGGCGAGUUGCUUAGUUCCUCGCGUUGUAUGCUGGACGUCGCGGGUUCGAUCCCGACCCUGAUGCCUGUUGUAUAUUUGAAGUUUGCAAUGUGUCACUCUCUCCCCGUAGUGGCGUGGAUUUUUUCUGCGGGUUCUCCGGGUUUUCCACUCGACAUUUAGAAACCGUGCGUUUAAAGUGUUUGGCUGCUGGGAUACAUUUUCACGUGAUAAGCCACUUCGUUGAGCUGUCAUUUGUGGCCAGUGGACCUUACCUGGUCAAAUAAAAAUAUAUCUGUAGUGGGUUCAAUUCAAGCGCACACUGGAACACUAUUUAUUAUCUAAACACAACGGGUAACUCUUAACAUUGACAGGAUAACGACAUGGGGUGGUGGUAACCACCGUUCUUAACUUAGCUAACACACGGGGUUACUACAUUUCUGGACCGAAGACCGAGGAUCGUAGAUGGUGGCUUCAUCCCAGAGAUGACCCAGCAGAACAGCCCGGCUCUCCGUCCACUCCUCGCUUAUAAUCACUCCGGCGUGGCCGGCUCUGCCCAAGCCACGCCCCCCUUCCCGAUCCUUCCGGAAGGCCCGCGCCCCCAACCACGUGACCCCCCUGGGGCCCAUGGCUCCCCUUUAUCCGGUCACGUGUCCUGUUGGGUUCACGCAGAGUUCUAGAUUUGAAGCUUUCGUGACUGCAAGUAUUCAUAUUCUUAGGUUUUUUCGGUAAAGUCACGUAGGUAAAAAAUUUAAAUUAAUAAAAGUAAAAUAAAAAUCAAAUAAAAAUCACGACGUUUCGGAGGCAAC